AUGUCUGGAGUAACGAGAUCGAUACGAAACCAGCUCAACUUCCAUGACGAGAAGAAGUGGAAGCAGUUCAGCACCAGAAGACUGGAGCUGAUCGACCGGUUCAGCCUGAGCUCGAAGAAGGCAUCGGAACAGGACGAGGCCAUAUCUCAGAUAGCUGCCUUACUGAGAGACGAGUUUGGCUUCCCCGAGCACACUCUUCCAGAGUUCGAUAGGCUAGUUAGGGCUGCGAUCCAAAGCGUACGGCGUAAUAGGAAAAGAUCGUCAAAGGCCCGUCCUCCAGGCACGCUCAAGUUCUUACACCAUGACGACAGCUCGAGUAGCAUGUCGUCCUCGUUGCAGAAUCCACAGUCACAGUCGCUGUUCCAACACCAACACCAACAUCACAGCCGUCCUGCUCAGCAGCUACAACAACAGCAGCAACUACACAGCUCACUUCCACACCUGAAACCGCAUAUCGAUUAUGGGAUGGGAUAUCUACCAAAUACAACAACGACAUCCACCGCAUCUUCUGCAUCACCAAGCCUGGGGAACUCUCCGUCCCAGACACAUCUGCCUUCGAUACGAAUGCUAACCGAAGGCACUUCAUCGUCAUCUGCUGCCGGUGCCUCCAAUAUUACCCAACAACCUGUACAAACGAACAAUAUUGGUUCAGCAGCUGGCGCAGCAAAUGCCCAUAGAAUUCCGAUCAAACUGCCGUUACCGUACCCUCCAACAGAUAUCACCAUGAGCAGCCAGACGUUGUUGAACUACAUACACAAGUCCAAAUCUUGUCUCUCUCUAUCAAACAACGAUACAACGUUACACGAGGAUAACCUGUUCCAUUUAGGCAUGUCAAUAAUAACCGCAUCGUCGUGCUUUAUACUGGAGAGAUACUUCAACGACUUGCCUACAGAAUCCGUCAACUACCUGAGUGAAAAGUUGCAAUCCACUGCUAAUCUGGCGAAAACUGUGAAAGCUUUAGGAUUCUUUUCAUCUGAUGUUAUGGUCUUAUCUGAUGUACAGGCCACUUCUCUCCUGGCAAAGUUGAUAGGGUGUUGUGUCAAGGAUUUUGGAUUCGAUCCAAUCACUUACACUCUUUCAGAGAUAUUUCAUGAAGUCGUGCUGAACGAAUACCCAUUGAUUGCCACACAGGUCAACAAGAUUACUGCGGAGUCGUUAUACACACCUUUGAUGCCCAUCAAGCCGAAAGAGGCCGACGUGGAGGUUUCCAAAGAGGUCAAACUGCAAUACGGCCAUCGUGUGUUGGACUUCAAAUACGCACCAUUGAGCUCUGCGCCUCCUACUUACUUGGAGCUGCUGGAAAAUGGUAGAGUUGCAUUUGGUAUACAGGAUCUCAAGAGCCUGAGAUUGAGAUACGAAGGACAGGAUAUUUCAGAGGAUGCUUUGGACAAACUGUUCAAAGAUUUAGAGAGAAGAAAGAUCGUCCUCGAGCUAUACGAGCCACAGACUAUCAAGUUCACGCCAUUGCUCUAG